UGACAUAACUCCCUCCAGCCCCGGGACGGUCAGGGCGCACGGAGAGCGCACGGAGGGUUGCUCCAGCUGCACUCUCCGCGCUGCUGCCGCCGCCACGGAGGGGAACCGACUUUAUUCCAAAACAAGAGGAGGCGUUGAAUAGCCGGCGGAGAGGAGAAGGAUGGAGCUCGUGGAGAAGUGAGGAGAAAGCGGGACGGACCGGAGAUGGCCGUGCAUGUUUUCAAAUGCCUGCGCCGGCCCGGGCGUUAACGCAGCCAACAGCGAGGUGAAGUGUGAAAGUGUGCAGGAGAGUUAUGGAAUAUGAGGAGCCCGACGCGCCCCCCGCUGACGUCCCCAUCAGAAGAGGAGGCUCCGUUUCCAAGAAGCCCAAUUUGACCCAGAUUGAAGUUAUCCCCUGUAAGAUCUGCGGUGAUAAGUCCUCUGGAGUCCACUAUGGAGUCAUCACCUGUGAGGGCUGCAAGGGAUUUUUCCGUCGCAGCCAGCUGCCGACGGUCUCCUACUCCUGCUCCAGGCAAAGCAACUGUCAGAUCGACCGAGCGAGUCGCAACCGCUGCCAACACUGUCGCCUGCAGAAGUGUUUGGCUCAGGGCAUGAGCAGAGACGCGGUGAAGUUCGGUCGGAUGUCUAAACGUCAGCGGGAUUCUCUGAUCGCUGAGGUGGAGCGACACCGACAGCAGCAGCAGCAGCAGCAGCAGCUGCAGGGAGACGUCCAGUCGGUGUUGUCCUUCCCCACCAAGAACCGACAGGACCGCUCCCCCCAGCUGCUCCAGCCCAUGGCCUCGGCCUACUCCUACGCUGGAGACGCCGAGCUGCUGCCGUACGCCACCGAGGUCCAUCCCUACCUGGUCUGCUCCCCCACCGACUCACAGGUGUCUGGGAUGAUCUACCGGAACUCUGGUGUCUCUCCAACCUCCAGAUCCCAGAGCAGGGGGGACAACGGUGGACAUCCUGAUAUCAGAGGAUUCGACUCCAGGCAGCCCACUCACGAUCUGAUGGCGAUUCAUCCCUACAACCCUCUGGAGGAUCCUUACAGCCUCUAUCCUCACUCUCUGCGAAACAUAGACGAGCUGUGUGCCAGCAUCGUACGCUCCCACAGAGAAACCAGCCAGUACCGGGUGGAGGAGCUUCAUGCUCUCAGAUGGAAACUGUUUAAUCGAGAGGAGAUCCAGGCCUACCAGAGCAAAUCGGUGGAUGAGAUGUGGCAGCACUGUGCCAUCCGACUGACCGAAGCUGUUCAGUAUGUGGUGGAGUUUGCAAAACACAUCCCAGGUUUCCGAAUGCUGAGUCAGAAUGACCAGAUCGCCCUCUUAAAGACCGGCUCCAUGGAGGUGGUUCUGGUCCGGAUGAGUCGCUUAUUCAACACGGAGAACAACACCGUGUUCUUCGAUGGGAAAUUUGCUGGAACUGAAGUCUUCAAGUCUUUGGCGUGUGGAGAUUUAAUCACGGCGGUGUUCGACUUCGCUCAUGGGAUGUGCGCUCUGAAGCUCACUGAGCAGCAGAUCGCUCUGUUCAGCGCUCUGGUGCUGAUUAAUGCAGACCGUCCAUGUCUGGAGGACAAAGGCAGAGUUCAGCGAGUGCAGAGAAGCGUUGAGUUUGGACUCACACAUAUUCUACACCGAGACAACCAGGAGAGUCUGAUGCACAAGCUCUACCAGAGGGUGGCGGUGUUGCGUUCGCUGUGCAGCCUCCACAUGGAGAAGCUGCGCUGGUUCAGCCAGAGAUACCCACUGACUGCCCACUCCCUGUUCCCUCCACUCUACAAGGAGCUGUUCGCAUCCGAGGCUGAGCUGCUGCCGGGCACCAAUCACUGAUCAAUCACCGAUCAAUCACACAUGCAUAGAUAUUUUACUUCCUGACAGAAUCUAUUUUUCUAAUAAUGAAAUUAAGCUCAGUUAAUCAUAGUGUGUUAAAUAUUACAUGACGUCCAGCAGAGAUUUUUUUUUUUUUUUUUUUUUUUUUGGGUAGAUCAUGUCAAAGAUAAAUCUGAAUGUUUUGAUAGUGUACAAUGAUUUUUGAUUAUUCCAGACAUUUUGACAGAGAGUUUUCAGUAAAGCGCAAGAUUCUUUCUUCUCUCUCAGGAUGUGCUGUUGUGAUUCUGUCCGGUUAUAGUUACUGUGUGUCAAAUAUACAGAGUCAAAGAGGCAGAACUCAAAAUCCCAGAGAAUGCAAAUGGGACUUUAAAAGGUUUGAAGCUUGACUCUUUAUAGGUGUCAGUUUAAAUUCACAUUUGAUUCAAAGAGAACAAAUGGAGAACUGAAAUUCAAGAUGUAAAGUCAUAUUGAAACAGGUUAAAAAACAAAGAAAGACAGUAACAGCUAAUGUGCAAGAAGAACCAGAGACAUUCACAGUAUCUACUAUAGUUCAGCCCCAAAUUAUUCACAGCCAUACCACAUUUGUUUUAGAGCCAUUUUUCUGUCUGUAAAUGACAUGAAAAGAUGACAAAGACAGUAGGACAUUGUGUUCAAGAUGUAAAUGAAUCAGCAUCAAAGUCUUUCUUUUCCUCCACAACAGUCCACCAGUAGUUCUAGUGUCUAACAGUGUUCCUGCAGGUCUCCACUGGGAUUUAGUUCCUCCAAGUGUCCAUCUCCAGCUCUUUGAAGGCUUCCUCUCCAUCACUCUGCUCUUCAGUUCCUCCACACAUUCUGGAUGGAUUCAGGUCUGGACUCUGGCUGGGACGCUCCAACAUCUUCUCAUUGUUUUCUCUCCACCAUUUCUUCACCACGUCUGCUCCAUGUUUCACAUCAUUGUCUUGUUAGAAGCUCCAAUGCUGCCCAAGGAGCAGUUUUUCUGCAGACUUCCUGAUGUUCUCCUCCACAAUCUCAAUGUUUCCUCUUUUCUCAUGAUGCCGUUUCCUUCAGACAUGACUUGUAACUGAGCAGUAAGUGAGUAGAGAAGUGCUGCAGGUCCAGCUGAGCUUUAGUGUGUCUGUCUUGGAGAAGUGGAGUCCUCCUUGGUCUGAUCCAUGGAGACCAGCCUUGUUCUUGGUCUGAUGGAGUGUCUGAUGGACAUGUUGCUACCAGAACUGCUCACAUUCAUCAGGAUGCUCUUGGUGCUGAUCCUUGGAUUCUUCUUGUCCUCUACCAUUCUUCCAGUGCAGGGCUCACGUCUGUCUUCCUAGCAGCCCUUUGACAUGUUUCACAGUGUGGAACUCCUUGGACUUUUUCAUCAUGGACCACUGGUCAUGACUUGGAACUGACUGUGGAAGUUUGUAGUGGAUUACAGCGCUAUAGAACAUGGUAGGAAUUACCAGGAACAUUUGGAAUGUGUCAAGGAGUAUAACUAUUCCUAGACAUUUCUCUCAUUGGCACUAGAUAGUUUCCACGUAUGCUGAUGACAUAGUUUUAUACAUUGAUGAAAAACUUUCUUUUGCUCUCUAGUUCUCAACAUAGUUUGGAGACAUUUGCAGAAUUUAUACAUUUUUCUAGCAUAGAAGUCUCCACUGCACAGCCCUUGAACAUUUGAAAUGACUUAGAAGCUGCAUUUUGUCACAAAUUUGCAACAAUUUCAGGGAGUAUAAAUCAUUUUAACCACAUGUUUUUGGUAUGAACCAUAAAAACACUUGGAUGUGACUUUAUAGUCUUUAAAUGUCUUGUGAGCAGCUACAAUGUGAAACUGGAGGUCCUCAAUGAGCUCUUUGGUUUAAACCAUGACUAGUUACUAGAGAAGUGACUACUGCAUCAGCUGUUCUCAGUUUAUAGUGUAUUAGAACAGUAUAGAACAUGGUAGAAAUUAGUGGCACAUCCAGAGUAGUGUAGAAGCUGCAUUUUCUUUAAAAGUUCCAGCAAUGUUAUGGAAUAUGCAUAAUUCGGGACAUUUAUAUUUUGAGUAAACUUGUAAAAUAAACCAUAGAAUUAGUUCAAAUUCAUCUUCAACACCUCUAACAGAAUGUCUUACUGUCCUUGGUCACUUGUUUAUGCCAGAUAAACCACUUUAGAAGCAAAUGUGACAGAAAAAUAGGAAUAUCAAGCAAUAAAACCAGUAAUAUACAGGGCUGAUUAAUACAAGCAAAGCCGCCAAAAGUUUUGUCUUCUAGCAAACUAUCUCACCAGCUUCAGUAAAACUGCUGUCCACUAAAAUCUGAAUGUAUCAGGUACUUACUUUAUGCUAAAAACACCCAUUUAAAUGUGAAACAAUGCUUCUUUGUCUCUGUAUGUCUUUAGUGUUUCUCCUCAGGCCGACCAAUAAAUCCCACAGCAAAAUGUUUUCCUUUUGUUUAAAGAAAUCCUCUCAGACUUUUGUAUCUUUUCAGCUCUUCUUCUUGAGAAAGACGUUGCAUUAAAUGUAGAAAUAAUAUGCAGUUAAAAUGUGGAGAAAUGGUAGACAUAUCUUCCUCUGUGUGCUGACUUUUCCUGAUUUUGUUUUUUCCAGAUUAUCUUGUUUUGUCUUCUCCGCAUAUCUUUGAAUAAAGCCAUGAGUAAAGAAGGUUUCAGCAUUAAAUACUGUAUGUAGAGAUCUGUUCAUGGAACAGCUGCGAUUUUGAUUAAGAUUAUUCCAUGUAAACCGUCGAAUAAACUGCUGGAGGAUGUGACACCAAGCA